GCUAGCUUUAUCCCUCUCGCCGCGGCCCUCCCUAUCCAAAGCGCUGAGCCGCUCGCCCGCCCCCCAUCAGCGCACGCCGAAGCAUGGCGCUCUCCGUCUCCUCCCUCGCCGCCGCCCUCUCCCACCUCUCCCUCCCCUCCACCUCCACCUCCAAGCCCCACCAGGCCUCCCUCCUCCGCCUCCACCCCUCCACCUCUCGCCGCGCCGUCAGCCUCGCGCUCCGCGCCUCCGCGGCCGAGGCCGCCGAGCCGGCCGAGGCGGGCCUGCCCGCGGAGGAGGUGGUGGCCGUCGAGGAGGAGGCGGAGGAGGAUGCGCUGUCGGGCUUCGCGCUGCGGAAGUACGUCAAGCAGCGGCUGCCGGGCGGCUUCGCGGCGCAGCGGAUCACCGCCACGGGCCGCCGCAAGACGGCCAUCGCCCGCGUCGUGCUCCAGGAGGGCACCGGCAAGGUCUUCAUCAACUUCCGCGACGCUAAGGAGUAUCUGCAGGGAAACCCAAUGUGGAUGGAGUACUGCAAGGUCCCCUUGGUGACUCUCGGAUUUGAGAACAACUACGACAUCUUCGUCAAAGUUCAUGGGGGUGGUUUGUCAGGCCAGGCCCAGGCAAUUUGCCUUGGCGUCGCCCGUGCGCUAGUGAAGAUCAGCACUGCUAACAAGGUUCCUCUUAGAUCUGAAGGUUUGCUGACGAGAGACACCCGUAUUGUUGAAAGGAAGAAGGCUGGUCUCAAGAAGGCACGCAAGCGCCCACAGUUCUCAAAGCGUUGAGGGUGCUCAAUUGUUCUUACAGUUUUUUCAGUUCCAUCUUUCACCACUCAGAAAGCCCUUCUGUAUCAUUUGCUGUGCAAAUUCUGUAAUGGACGCCACAUAUCUGUAAUAGUCGAUUCUUGAAAGCAGUUUUCCUGAAAUCA